AUGGACACAUCCCUUUUGCGUCUCUCCUCUAUCUAUUCAUAUCUAUCUAUCCAUCGCUGUCUAGUCAUAUCUAUCUCUCUCUAUCUAUCUAUUCAUAUCUAUCUCUAUUUCUAUCUAUCUACUCAUAUCUAUCUCUAUCUACUCAUAUCUAUCUCUAUCUAUCUACUCAUAUCUAUCUCUAUCUAUUUAUCUAUCUAUCUCUAUCUAUUUAUCUAUCUAUUCAUCUAUCUCUCUCUAUCUAUCUAUUCAUCUCUCUCUAUCUAUCUAUUCAUCUAUCUCUCUCUAUCUAUUCAUCUAUCUCUCUCUAUCUAUUCAUAUCUAUCUGCACUUUUGGAUUUUUUUCAUAAUUUUAUUUAUAUCAUCAUAAAAUUGCCCGUCAUUUACAACAGCAGAAAUCAUCAUCCUUAUUUGUUUUGUCUCUCUUCAUUUUUUUAUCAUCAAAUUCUUUUUCUUCUAUUUCUUUCUUCUUUAACAUCAUCUAUUUCCUCUAAUUUCCACUUCUUUUUUUCUUCAAUUUCCAUUUCCUUCUUUUUUUCUUCUUUAAUUUCCAUUUUCUUCUUUUUUCUACAAUUUCCAUUUCCUUCUUUUUUUCUUUAUCAGUUUGCAUUUCCUUUUUUCUUCAAUUUCCAUUUUCUUCUUUUUUCUUCAAUUUCCAUUUCCUUCUUUUUUCUUCUUCAAUUUCCAUUUCCUUCUUUUUUUCUUCUUCAGUUUCCAUUUCCUUCUUUUUUUCUUCUUCAGUUUCCAUUUCCCUUUUUUUCUUCAUCAAUUUCUAUUUUCUUUUAUCUUCUACAAUUUAUAUUUUCUUUUUCUUCUUCAAUUUCUAUUUUCUCCUUUUUCUUUGUUAACUUCAAUUUUCUUCUUUCUUUCUAUUUACCAAUUUUCUUUGCCUCUUUUUCUACCUCCUUCUUCCUCUUUUCAGUUAUUUUUUCUUCUCUCCACAUAAUCUGUUUAAACCUUUUAUUUUUUUUUACUUAUUUCUUCUUCUUCAUCAAUUUCCCAUUUUUUCUUCUUCACCUGUUUACUCCUUUGCCUCUUUUAUCUUUUACUUCUUAUUCACCUUUUUCUUUCUUCUUUGUCAUAUUUCCUUUUUCUUUUCAUUUAUUUCUUCUUCCUCCUCGUCUCCUCUAUUCCUUCUUUUUCUUCUUCUUCUUGCUGAAAUCACGAGGUGCCUGUAAAUUCUUUCUCAUUCUUCAGGCCCUCCAACGCCUGGAAUUCUGA